CUUCAACCACAACGUAACACAGUUAUCCAAUUCACUAUCAAAACUGAUUAGCUAGACAUGUAAACAAUAUCACAGUGCAACUCGAACGCAAUAUGUAUUCAUUGGCGGGUCGAACAAUAUCACAAUCAAAAUCCAAGGAUCCAGUCCUGUAUCUGCUUGUAUCCAUCGCCAAUUGUAUCAUUUGCCUAGUACACCACGGAACCCUCACGUGCGCCCCUUUGAUCUAUCUUGCUCUUCAGGAAUGGUUCUCUGUGGAUCACCUACUUCUACUGUCUGUCUGUGGGCUGCACUAUGGGACAACAUAUAUUGGAUAUGCAAUUUGGCUACAGUUGUGUCACAUACUUCCUGCCAGAUACUUUACACCCCUGGGCUGCAUACUCCUUUCUGGUGGUCUCAUCUCCAGUGCAUAUGUACCCAACAUCUGGUGGACGUUCCUUACAUAUGGGACGGUAGCAGGAUUUGGUAACGCUCUGCUUCAAGUUCCGACAAACUUCAACAUGCUGCAAAACGAAGAUGUCGGCGAUGUACUCGGCCCCGUGCUUAAUACAAGUGGCUUCAUUGUGGGUGUUAUAGCCAUGCCAUUAGCCGUAGGGUACUUUAUACUGUACUACAACUACAGAGGCGGGAUGUUAAUGUUUGGAGGUGUAGCAUUGCAUGGGUUCAUUGCAGCCGUGAUCUAUUGGCCAUUGAGAGGAUAUCUUGCGCCAAUGAAACCUAAAGGUACCACCGGACAUGGAGAUGACACUGAUACCACUGAUGGUGGAGAUACUGACGGUGUAGAUAAGGUUGAUGGUAAUAACAAUGAGCAAGUUUUUGGAAAGUGUAUUGUGGAUUCGAAUUCAAGACGAACAAUAUGUAAUGCAACUCCAACGUCACCAUCGAAGCAUUCCCCUACACGAUCCUUACAUCAUGGUCCCCCAUCGCCCUCAAGACAUUCUCCUGCUCAGUCGUUGCAUGAUCGUACAUCGCCUUCGAAGCGUUCCUUUACACAACACGUAGAACAUAAUCCUACAUCUUCUUCGAAGAUUUCUCUUGGGCAACCUUUGGAAAAUGAUCCCGGAUCACCAAUUGAGCACCCCUGUAGUGUAAAACGGUUCAGUUCCAUUUCGAACCUUACACAAACAUCCAGAUCCACAAAUGAUGUCAUGCUGUCUUCAUUUGAUUCAGAUAUAGAGUUUAAUAGAAGUGUGAGUAUAUGUCCAAGCGAGCAACUGUCCUACAACCCUUUAAGAGGUAGUAAUCUUAGUGAAUUGGAUAAAAGUCUGUCAGAGAUUGAUUCAAGUGUGUGUACUGACGUAUCUUCUAAUUACAGAGCAUCCUUGGACGCAAUGUACUCAACAAGUAGAAAGUUACCCACGAAUUUACAUACAACCUUGGAGAAUAAACAUGGACACAUCCCGGAAAGUUUUAUCGGAAAUUCUGAACCAUCCAUCUUUGUAAAUGUCAAAUCAAAAUUAAAAAAUAUUUUGAAGAAACGCGAGUAUGUCGUCUCAUUGUCAAAAUCAGAGAUAUCCGACCAUGGCUGGGGCACGCAGCAAUGCUUUAACGAGCCUGAGAUAUUUGCAUCAAAAAGUGUCAAACAUAGAGGGAUAUCGACUCAUUCUGAAACACAAAGACAUGUCUCUUCUGAUCUUGCAAAGACAACCUUAAACAAAAGUUCUAAUCCAGGAAAGAGAGAUAUAGGGAUACACACAACACCACCACUUCCUAAGAUUGUAAUACUUGAAGCAACCCCAU